CGGAGGAGCGACAUCAGCCUGGCUGCUUCUACUUCUCUUCUUCUCCUUCUCCUCACACUCGACCCAAGCGAUCAUGUCCCGUUACGAUCCACAGGUGUCUUAGAAAUGGUAUUUAAAGUAGUCCCGCUCAUCAUCCGACUGACUUUGUGACAUCACGAGAGCAAGAUGACGCCACAAUUGAUUAACAGUACAUACCUCGCCGUUGUGAUGCUUCAAACAUGAUGUUCUCAGAGGCAGGUGGGCCCGCUGAGCUUCAAGUGUCAGCAACACCUUGCAACAUAACAGCGAGCCUGCAAGAGCCACAGUAAGGGUACAAUCAUGGAUGAAAUGGACUUUGACCGGCGCCGAGAGCUGAGGAGGCAGAAGCGGGAGGAGAUGCGUCUGGAGGCUGAACGUUUGACAAGAAACGAUGACGACGACGAGGAGGCGGCCCGCGAGAGAAGGCGCCGGGCCCGCCAGGAGAGGCUGAGGGCCAAAGAGUUGGAAGAAUCCUCCGGCCAACCUGACAGUCUGGUCGAGACCAACUGCCACAGCAUGACCGAAAGCGUCUCAGCGAGCGGCAGUUUUGGAGGCGGCAGCGGCGAGGAAGAGGACCAAGCGCUGCUGGAACGCGUGGCCAGGCGCGAGGAGCGUCGCCAGCGCCGCCUGAUGGAGGCGCUGGAGCGACAGAGGCAGCCGGACGAGACGGAGGGCCAGGACAGCGGGGAGAAGAGCCAAAUGGUGCGGGAGGAAGAGGAAGAGGAGCAGAGGUCUUCCUCCUGGCGUCAGGCGAAGAUGCACAGCUACAUGAGAGAGGAGGAGCCGGUGGCCAGAGCAGAAGAAGAGAAGAUUGUGAUGGAGGAGAAGCCAAGGAGAUCUUACUUAAGAGAAGAGCUGUGUGAGAGAGGCCAGAGCAGGGAGGAGCAGAGGAAGCAGAACGGCGGCCUGCAUGAUGAGGAGGAGGAGGAGGAGGAGGAAGAGCAGGAGAACGAAGAGGAAGAGGAAGAAGCCACUGCGAUACAGUACAGGGAACCUGAGAGGACAUUCGGUCGAGGCGGCGCACCCUACCCUGAUGAUGACGACGAGCAGGGCGACCAGGACGCCGCCCGCCUGGAGGCGGAGCUCAAGCUGGAGGAGCUGAAACGCCGCCGCGAAGACACCGAGAGCGAGGAGUUUGAGCGCAUGCGGCAGAAGCAACAGGAGUCCGAGGCCCAGCUGGAGGACCUCAAGAGGAAGAGGGAGGAGAGGAGGAAGGUGCUGGAGGAGGAGGAGAGGCAGAGGAAGCAGGAUGAGGCUGAGCGGAAAGCCAGAGAGGAGGAGGAGAAAAGGAAGAUGAAGGAGGAGAUCGAAAGGAGGAGGGCGGAGGCGGCCGAGAAGAGGCAUAAGGUGGAGGAUCCGGUGGACGACGAAGAAAAACCCUUCAAGUGCGUCAGCCCUCGAGGCUCCUCUCUCAAGAUCGGAGAGCGUGCCGAGUUUCUCAACAAGUCAGCACAGAAAAGCACGGUCAAGACGUCCCUUUCACCCGUGGUGUCCAAGAUCGACAACCGACUGGAGCAGUACACCUCGGCCGCGCAGCGCGAGAACAAGGAGUCGCGAUCCCCUCGCUCGGGCGCCGUGGAUCUCCCGACGGUGACCGACAGCAUCCGUAACAUCAAGAGCAUGUGGGAGAAAGGCAGCGUGUUCAACUCGCCGGGAAGCACCGGCAGCACCUUUAAGGAAACAAGCUUGAUCAACCCGGGCGUGGCGGGCCGCAUCAACGACUGGCUGAAUAAAGCCCCCGAGAGCGGCAAGACGUCGGGAGCAAGGCCAUCGGACUUGAAGCCCGUUGACGUGACCAAUAAAAGGAGUUUAUGGGAGAACAAAGGCUCCUCUGCAGCCAAGGCGCCAGGAAGAGGCGAGACCAAGUCAGUCACCAACGGUAUGGGCUACUAAUGUCCUGAAGGAGCCUUUUUUUUUUUUAAGCCAGGGCCACGACAAUUCAAGACUUUGGCUUGAUGACCAAAAAAAAAAAAAAAAAUGACCACAAUCCCAAAGAAAGGGACCCCAAGAAAAAGACAAACGUCUCAGCAUUAUACACAAACAUCACUCUGUUGUUGUUUUUUUUAUUUGUUUUUUUGUACGGUGGCCUUUGCACGUUUCUAUUUGCUUUGUAAAAGAAACCAAAUGCUGUGAAAAUUGAGAUAUUACGACGACGAAAAGUUCCAAAAAUAAUUUCCCGGGGUGACAACCUGUCAAGUUCCAUUCCAUUUCUUUUUAAUUUAUAUUUCAAGCCGAAAGCUUGACACACAUCAUUAUUUUAUUCCAACCACUUUGGGGAUAGAAAUGUAAGCACUUGUAGAAUUUAGCUCAAGUCACAUUUAUUAUGUAUGACAAUAGCACAGCGACGCUCCGGGUAAUGUAUGUUAACACGUUAUACGGUCAUCUUAUCUAACAUCCUUAUACUCACAAGAAUUUUUUUCUUUUUUUUUUUUGUAUUCAUGAACAUUCCACCAACGGGCAGUGUUGAUUAUACAAAAGGCCAUUAUGACUUUUUAUUCUUCUCUUAUUUAUGUUUUGUGUAGCUUCAGACAUUCCUCUUUAAAGCAGGUGCACGUGAUGCCUUCAAACUUUUAUAUAUAUAGAAAUGUAGCGGGGAAAAGGCAAAGCAGCCAUUUUACCUUUGGCUUAAAAAAAAAUAAAAUGCUUUUAUGCACGCUCUAGUAGAAAUCAGGGUGCCUCCGCUAGUCCAAGGACGAGCCACUGUGUACUUUAUCAGGCCUUAUGAUUGCAAUGAGAAGCUUAACGAGCGCGGAGGCAGCGUACGCAAACGCCUCACAGGAAGGAAGUGUUUACGUUAGGAAGAUUUGGAAGGAGGAUUUCUCAGUCUUCAGUCGGCUCCAUUGAUUUUUAUUUUUUUUUGGUUUUGUUCCCGCUCCAAUGUCGGACAAUCACAUUCCACGGCCUCGGGAGAGAGCGGGAGAGGCUCGACCAAAACAUUUUCCGUUUUAUGAAUGUUUCAAUGCAUUUUUUUUUUUUUUACUUUUUCUCCAUGUUUCUUGUUUAUUUCCAUGUUUAACCAGAAACUUUGUGUAAGCGACGCUACGCACAUUGUCAUAUGUUAGUCUCUGUGAAGAACAUUCCCGAUGCCAGGCACGCUUCCAAGUGGCUGCAUGUUUUCAAAGCAUUGUACCACUGUCGCAACAACGGAAUAAAGGCAUUGAGAUUUCACAA